AUGAGGAUAGUUUCGGACAAAUCAUGGAUCGAUAUUCCUCGUAUUGAUAGAUGGAGAGAUAGUCAAUAUAAAGAUGGAAUAAAUCAAUUCAUACAGUAUGCCUUGGCAGACCGACGAAAGUUAAAUAGUGAUGUCGUGUAUUGUCCCUGCUGUUGGUGUAAAAAUAGGGCGUUGGUGGAUAAAAGUGAUUUACAGAAACACUUAAUAUCAGGAUUCCAUGAGGAGUACAAAUAUUGGACGUUUCAUGGGGAAGGAUGUCUUGAAGAAAUGGAACUGAUAGCGGAUACCGAUCAAUCUGAUUAUGCCGAGGAUGCUGACGAGUCAGGAAAUGCUGGAGGCAUGACUGAUCAUGAGGAGCUGGCGCAGAUAAUAAAAUUAAUAGACGAUAAUGAAAACGAUCUGUACGAGGGUUGCACCGAGUUCACCAGGUUAUCAUUUAUACUGCGUCUUUUGCGUAUAAAGUCUCUUAACGGAAUGGCAGAUAAAUAUUUUAAUAUGUUGCUUGUGUUGCUGAGAAAAGUCAUUCCAAAUGGAAAAGAUAGCAUACCAGAAAAUUAUGAUAAUGCAAAGAAGAUUGUUUCUGUUAUAGGACUUGAUUACAAUAAAAUCGACGCAUGCCCUAAUGAUUGUAUCCUUUACUAUAAAGAUAACAAAGAUCUUCAGGAGUGUCCAACUUGUGGAGUAUCACGGUGGGUACAACGCAAAAAUUAUUCAACACAUGGGACAACAAGGUCUAUGCUUAAGCAAAAGAAGAUUCCAGCAAAGGUCCUGCGUCAUUUUCCCUUAAUACCAAGGCUAAAACGGUUGUAUAUGAAUAAAGACACUGCUAAGCAAAUGAGGUGGCACAUGGAAGAACGUACUAAUGAUGGUAAAAUCAGACAUCCGGCUGAUGCAGAGGCGUGGAAGCAUAUGGAUAGAACUUUUCCUUGGUUUGCGAAUGAGUGUAGGAAUGUUAGACUAGGUUUGUCUAGCGACGGAUUCAAUCCAUUUGGGAUAAUGAGUUCUGGUUGGUCUACAUGGCCUGUGUCAAAAAUGUCAAUUUUUAGGUUUACAAGAAGUGGGACCUCGCUGUUUUACAGCUACAAUUUCUGCAAGGCAGCUAGAUGUGUUGAGAAAACACCAACUGAAUGUAUAGAAUAUAGUUUGAUGGAAGGUACAUAUUCUAAUUCAUAUUCCUUGACAGCCAUUGCUGCAUAA